UGCACAUUGCACUGGCUCUGGGUAUGUGGGUCGAAAGAUGCACGAAGACGGCGGGCAAUCAUAGAGCAUGGGCUCGAUAGAGAGAGGGAAGGGAAGAGCAGGGAGCAGCAGGGGCAUGAUUGCCAGAGUUGGCUCUCGCCAGAGCACAUCGAGCGCAUCGAGCCCACGAGGACUGUGAAGCGUUUGCGGGAGCGCCUGCGUACCUCGAGAGAGCUUCUGUGGAUUGCGGAGUGUCGGCCGGCCGGCCGGCAGGCAGGCGCCUUGCAGUCACACGCGGCCGGAUUCGAGUCCCUCUCGUAAGAAUCGUGCGCUUGUGCCCGAGACUCGAGAUCGGUUGACGCCUCGAGGCCCCUUUCCUCGGCGACGGACAUUGUCUGCCAAAUGUGGCCGUAGAGAAAUUUGUCGAGGUGGUGCUGGCCUCCUUGCCGCCUGAUCCAUCGCGGAAGAGAGUGUGCUUUUCUGAUCCAGUCGCCGGUUCCAGAAAUUUCUGGCUGCGGUUUGUCUGAACGAAUCGAUAGCCCUUCAUUUGGGGAUUCUGGUCACUCAGUGAAAGGAACGCAAUUUCGACAAUGUAUUAUUUUCUGUUCGAGUAGAAAUACCUCUUACAAUCUGAGAAUCAGUUCGGGGAAACACUGAGAAUGUUCGAUUUCAGGACGUGACCGAGAACCGGUGGGAGUUGCCGUUUUGAUUUUGUCACUGCAAGGAUCGAAUUCUCAGUGGCAGCAGUUGAAACGACUUGAAAAAUCCGCGAUCGUGAAUGGAUCGUUGUUUUCUUGGAUCCUGGACUCCAGCAAACAACGUUAUGCCUCGAUAAUGGCGCAAUGAGAAGCGAGCUGCCUCAGCUGUGUUGAAGUUUGGUACACGGGCUCGUGAAGUUUGGCCCAGAAAGGACUGGCAAAUAGGCUCUCUUACCAUUCGAUUCAAAGACUUGCGAUUGCACGUUGAAGCCAUUCUGCCAAAAUGGCGCCCAAACCUGAUCCCAAAAAGAAAGGGAAGAAGGGUAAAAAGAAGGAGAAGCCUACAGGUCCAACUGUGAAAGAAUUGCAGGCGCAGAUUGUUAUUCUCGAGGCGGAAAAAUUGAAAGAGCAAAGUGAACGCAAUGUCAUGCAGCUUGAACGAGACAAGAUACAUGCCUUUUGGGACAUCAAGAAGGAGGAGUACGAGAAACUCCAGGCACAGUUGAAGAUAAAAGAUCGCUAUGCGGAGGAGCUCGAGGAGAAGCACCAAGGCGAAAUCAAGGUUUACAACCAAAAGAUGAAGCAUUUGCUUUACGAACAGCAACACACCGUCACUACCAUCAAGACGGACAACCAGCAGGCUUUGAAACUGCAGGCCGAACAAGGGCUACAACGUGAAGCCGAGCUGAUGAGCGACAAACGUGACUUAAAAGAGCAACUGAAAGAAAUGGAACUCUCAUACGAAGAGCUUAUCAGGCAAUUUAGAUUGGAACGUGCCAAGGAGAUCACAAAAAUGAGGCAAGAGUUUGAAAUACAACAGAAGGAAGUUGAGGACAAGUGCGAGAAAAAGAUAAAGAUGUUGCGAGAAGAAUUGGAGCUUCGACGAAAGCAUGAGAUUCAUGAGAUUGAAGAACGCAAGAACAAACAUAUAAACGAGCUGAUCAAAAAGCACGAGAAGGCGUUUACAGAAAUAAAAUGCUACUACAACGAUAUCACCAAGAAUAAUUUGGACCUCAUAAAAACUUUGAAGGAGGACGUGACCGACAUGAAGAAGAAAGAGGCCCUCAAUGAGAAACUCAUGCAUGAGAUAGCUCAAGAAAACAAGAGGCUGACGGAGCCUCUUCAGAAAGCCUUGAAGGAAGUAGAAACACUCAGAAAGUCGGUGCAAAACUAUGAAAAAGACAAGGCUUUGCUCCACCAGCGGACGAAACAAUUCAACGAUAGAACAAAAGAACUGAAGGCUCUCGAGUGGGAAUAUCAAGCCCUUCAAGAGCGCGUGAAUAAUGCUGAAGCUGAAAGGGAUGACGUUGUUAAGAAAUUCGAGAGCAGCAUCUACGAAGUACAGCAGAAAUGUGGCCUUAAAAACAUGCUCCUGGAGAAGAAAGUGCAAGUCCUUUCUACGACUCUAGAGAAGAAGGAAACACAGCUGAACUACCUGGCGGCUGAUAGCGGCAAGGAUGCCGCUCAGAUCGACGAAGCGAAGAAAGGAGUAGAGAAUCUACUGGAUUCCAAGAACCAACAAAUUAAAUCACUGCGCUACGACAUUGGGAAGAUGAAGAGGAUCCACCAUGACGUCAUCAGAUCAUUUGAGCUGAAAUUAUCAGAGAUGGGCAUCCCGCUUGAAGACAUGGGACUGCCACAUUACAUUCGGGCGAUCUCAGAGGCUAGGACGUACUGUGGGUCUUGUUCGGGGGUUCCAGCACUAGUAGGCCAAGCAGUUUGACCACUUCAAGAGUAUCGGGGCUACAAGCAACGACCAGUUCUUCUGGGAUUUUUGGCUGAAGCUCAUGCGUUGAAAUUCUUUCCAGCGGAAGGGGUCUUCAAGACUUAGAUAAGCGGGGUGGAAACUGAGGGAGGGUACAUUCGAGUUAAUGCCGAUUUGGAGGUCCGAAGGACCGAAGACGGGUAGAGUGGUCGGUUCGGCAUUCAUUGAUGCAGUACUGCACGUGGCUAUUGGCGAAGUCGAUGUCACAUUUAUGAAGUAAUUGUAUCCGUCGACAAGCUGUUUCACUCCGACGCAUUCUUGAUAUUCGAUUAGCUGAAUGGAACUCACUUCUAUCAUAUACUGACCAAGUCUUUCCAGGGAGUCCAGCUUCGGCCAGUGUUUUGAGAGCAUCCUGGCGAGCGUCGAACAUCGACACGUUCGUGUAAGUUGUAUAUGUUGUAACCAAAACUCUGAAAGCGAGACUAACCUAAGUUAAACUUCUGUGGGAACAGAAUGAAUGCCGCACCUCUGCCUCGUGCUUUCUGCACCAUCAUUGAUUCUGACAUCUGGAAAGCUAGUAGCGUACCAACGAAUCAAAGUACUGUGUGCCUUCGGAGCGCACAGUACUAGCUGCGCCAAAAGACUAGACUUGUAAGUCUCUAGUUUAAAACGACAAAAUCCCUACCCAAGUUCCACCAUUUAUGGCCAAUACAAGUCUGCAGCCUGGAAACGUCGGCUGUUGACCGAGUUAAAAUAUGAGUAUCUGCCUUGGGUGCAGAGUCUCGUCCGACGCAGGAAAGUCGUAAGGUUUAGAUGGGCCGAAAGGAAAUAUUGGAAUACGAAGGAACCGGGAAGCUGAAGUGACUCGACGGGCGUUGUGAAAUGACAAGUUUAAAAGUUGACCAUUCCGUGACAUAAAGAGCAGUUCCUACAGUGCUCGCCGAUAGCCACAUCGGUCAACGUACUGCUGACUCUCAGA